UGACCGUACAAGCAAGUUUUAGUUCAUAUAUUAUAGAUCUAGCUCUAACAUAUCACAUUAUUGCGCAUGUUAUUGUGCUCAAAAAGAUAUCUCUUGCUAUACAUUCGAGUUUGCGAUCCCCGACACAAUGCCAAGAUGAAGCUAGAUCUAUAUUGUUUAUUAGUGGUAUUACAGCUACUGCUGCACCAAGUGAGCUGCUUUUACGGUUGUGCAAGAGUAACUAAAGAAGAUCUAGGGAAUACAACUCAACUCUCAAAUGAAGGAAUUCUGGCUUUUGCCCUCGCUAAUGACCAUUUUAACAUUGCUGCAGUGGACGUAGUUGUCAUUGACAUAAAUGUUGUUUGUGAAGCUCAGCACAAGAUAGAAAAUAGAUACAGAUACACGUCGGUUGUUGUUUCUUAUAUCUGCGCAAGUAAUGAUUUAAGACUUCCAAAUUGUAAUAGCACUGUAGUCAUUACAAACCAAUUAACGUUGGCCUGUGAAUUAGGUAAUUGGUCUCGGCUUAUCUUCGGGGAUGCUGCAUUUGCUCUAACACCAGAUCCCACGGCUUCUCUAUCAACUGUGCUAAACUCAGGUUGUGAUAUUUGCAUUAGUCCUCACCAUCCGGUUGCUAUUCAGGGAUUUCUAGCUGCUUUACCUGACAAUGUGACUCAUUGUGUUGAUUGUCUGAACUGUUCAACUGGUCUUCAGCGCUGCUAUCAGUAUGGGCAUUUGAAUGAGCAAACUUGUUGUAGCUACUUCCAUCAAGGUGCUUGUGUAGCAGAGUGCCCAGCUCCGCUAGUGCCUACCAGUAAUUUUGAAUGUGUCUGUAUGACGACAGUAGAUCUAGCAGUCAUGAGUCCUAAAAUCAAAGUUGUGGAGCUUGGGACGAACUUCACUCUGAUCUGCAAUGUGACCUGUGCUUCCAACACAGCCCAAGUCGUGUGGUUCGGCGCAACAGGGCCACUAGGUGAAACUAGCAGAACAUUCGAUCAAGACUCUAGUAUCCUGACAUCCCUUCUUACUCUUGCUAAUAUCAGCUACAAUGAUGGUGGAUUGUACUCCUGUAGUGUGUCUGCUGUCACUAACUCCACUGUGGUUGUUAUUGUUCCAACUGUCUCACCCCCUGAAAUUUCAAGCACUGUUGGGGAUAAUGCGUUCAGCUUCACCUGUAACGUCCAAUCAUCUCUCAGUUCUACUAUCAGCUGGUACAAGUACGAUCUUGAGGAUGAACUACAGCAAAUUAGUUUCACCACUGAUGAUGGUUCUGGAAGUGCAAUCGCAAUAUCUUUUAACAAUAUUAAGCUGAACUUUGAAAAUGUGACAUUUGAGGAUGCAGGUGUUUACCAGUGCUCAGUAACCGAUAACGAGCUAGGAGAGAUUACGUCUGCCAAUGCUACAUUCACAGUCUCACCAGAGAGCAGUGUGACCAUCACUCCCAACACCUCAAACAACUUUCAAGGAGACACUCAGACGUUCUCCUGCUCAGCCAUGGGUGGUCCUGGAAACAUGUUCUCAUGGAAGAGACUGUCCGACAACACAAUUGUGGGGAACACGUCCAGCCUAACUGUGAAUGUGAGUAGAGCCACAGAUGGUGGGCAGUACAGGUGUGAAGUCAGCAACCUGGCAGGUAACGGCUUUGACACAGCCACUCUUAAUGUUGGAGUUUCUAUUGUCAUUUCUCCCUUGUCUGUGAACGUGAUAGUCAAUGAAACAGUAUCACUCACCUGUAUGGCCAGUGGAUUCCCUCUACCUAGUAUUCGCUGGAAUCACGAUCAAAGUGGACCUUUUCAUUCAACUAUCAUCGCCAUUCUGGAAGAGAGAUCAGUGACUAGCACUCUCACCAUUAACAUGGCCACAGCUGAUGACUCUGGAGAGUAUGUUUGUUAUGCAUACAAUCUAUUCAGCUCAGCCACCAGCGAAACUGCCAACGUCAUGGUGACAGGAACAUGUUUGGCUGCUAGCUAUAAUGAAUGUUGCAACGAUACUAGUGGGAACUGUACAGGCAGUCCUCCAAACUGUUUUUGUGACUCUCAGUGCCGUUCUCGUGGUGAUUGCUGUAUUGAUAUCGGAGAUACCUGCCCUAUACCGCCUAAUUCGUGCAGUGCUGCGGGCUAUGAGAACUGCUGUGAUUAUAGAUAUGGAUGUUCUGUGUAUCCGAAUGGAAUCUAUGGUGUAUGUUACUGUGAUACCUUCUGUAGACAGUUAGGUGAUUGCUGUGACGACAUUGACACAACUUGUCCACGGAUUUGCACGAUGACAGUUGCCAAUUCUCAAGUUGUGCAGCCUGGGACAGACCUCACUCUGAUCUGCAAUGUGACCUGUGCUUCCAACACAACCCAAGUCGUGUGGUUCGGCGAAACAGGGCCACUAGGUGAAACUAGCAGAACAUUCGAUCUAGACUCUAGUAUCCUGACAUCCCUUCUUACUCUUGCUAAUAUCAGCUACAAUGAUGGUGGACUGUACUCCUGUAGUAGGUCUGCUGUCACUAACUCCACUGUGGUUGUUAUUGUUCCAACUAUCUCACCCCCUGAAAUUUCAGGAACUGUUAGAGAUAAUGCACUCAGCUUCACCUGUAACGUCCAAUCAUCUCUCAGUUCUACUAUCACCUGGUACAAGUACGAUCUGGAGGAUGAACUACAGGAAAUUAGUUUCACCACUGAUGAUGGUUCUGGAAGUGCAAUCGAAACAUCUUUGAACAAUGUGCUGAACUUCGAAAAUGUGACAUUUGAGGAUGCAGGUGUUUACCAGUGCUCUGUGACCGAUAACGAGCUAGGAGAGAUUAGGUCUGCCAAUGCUACAUUCACAGUCUCACCAGAGAGCAGUGUGACCAUCACUCCCAACACCUCAAACAACUUUCAAGGAUACACUCAGACGUUCUCCUGCUCUGCCAUGGGUGGUCCUGGAAACAUGUUCUCAUGGACGAGACUGUACGACAACACAAUUGUGGGGAACACGUCCAAUCUAACUGUGAACGUGGGUGGAGCCACAGAUGGUGGGCAGUACAGGUGUGAGGUCAGCAACCUGGCAGGCACUAGCACUGACACAGCCACUCUUAAUGUUGGUGCUGUUUUUGUCACGUCUCCUUUGUCUGGUAACGUUCCUGUUAACGGGUCAUUCAAUCUCACCUGUACAGCCAGUGGAUUCCCUGUACCUACGAUUUUCUGGGUCCAGAAUGAGAGGCUGGUGUAUGCACAGCCUUCUAGCUCUACUAUUGUUGACAUCCUGGGAGAGAGAUCAGUGACCAGCAUCUUCACCAUUAACAUGGCCACGUUUGAUGACUCUGGGGAGUAUGUUUGUUUGUUCCAUACAACAUUUUACGGCCAGAGUGAAACUGCCAACAUUGUGAUAGACGAAGCCAAUGUCCGAUUGGUUGGAGGCAACAACACGUACGAGGGUAGAGUGGAAGUGUACUAUGAUGGAGCCUGGGGUACUGUCUGUGACGACGCCUGGAGUCUUCAAGAAGCCAAUGUCGUGUGCAAUCAACUGGGAUAUGGAAUGGCUACAAGUGCUCCGAUUAGAGCUACCUUUGAACAAGGUACUGGAAAUAUCGUUCUCGAUAAUCUUAAUUGUACUGGCAAUGAGGACACACUCUUUGACUGCAAACACAAUGGCGUAAAUCACCACGACUGUACACAUUUUGAGGAUGCUGGAGCAGUCUGUGAAGGCUGCAUUCAAGGAGAUGUGAGGCUCGGUGGAGGGGCUAGUUAUUAUGGUCGUGUGGAGGUUUGCAACAAUGGAGACUGGGGCACUGUCUGUGACGACAACUGGGAUUCAGUAGAUGGAAAUGUAGUGUGCAGACAGCUCGGAUAUGGUGGAGCAAGUUUUGUUGGUACAUUUGGUCAAGGUGAAGGUCAAAUUUGGCUGGAUGAUUUGAACUGUACAGGAACAGAAACAUCCAUAUUUGACUGUCCCCAUAAUGGAGUUGGGGUGCACAACUGUAUUCACUUCGAGGAUGCUGGAGUGGUGUGCUUUGGCUCACCAGAAAUCAGUGUUACCAUAACUCCCAACACCUCAAACAACUUUCAAGGAGACACUCAGACAUUCACCUGCUCUGCCAUGGGUGGUCCUGGAAACAUGUUCUCAUGGAGGAGACUGUACGACAACACAAUUGUGGGGAACACAUCCAAUCUAACUGUGAACGUGGGUGGAGCCACAGAUGGUGGGCACUACAGGUGUGAAGUCAGCAACCUGGCAGGCAACGGCUCUGACACAGCCACUCUUAAUGUUGGAGUUUCUAUUGUCAUUUCUCCCUUGUCUGUGAACGUGAUAGUCAAUGAAACAGUAUCACUCACCUGUAUGGCCAGUGGAUUCCCUCUACCUAGUAUUCGCUGGAGUCACAAUCACAGUGAGCUCGAGCCUUUACUUUCAACUGUCAUCAACAUCCUGGGAGAGAGGUCAGUGACCAGCACCCUUAUCAUUAACAUGGCCACACCUGAUGACUCUGGGGAGUAUGCUUGUGAUGCAUUUGAUUCUUUCAGCUCAGCCACCAGUAUCACUGCCAGAGUCAUGGUGACAGGGAUUUGCACGAUGACAGUAGCAGUCAUCAAUUCUCAAGUUGUGGAGCCUGGGACUGACCUCACUCUGAUCUGCAAUGUGACCUGUGCUUCCAACACAACCCAAGUCGUGUGGUUCAGCGAAACAGGGGAACUAGGUGAAACUAGCUGCACUUUUGACCAAGAUACUAGCACACAUAUCUCCCUUCUCACUCUUGCUAAUAUCAACUACAAUGAUGGUGGACAAAUAUACUGUUAUGUGCCCAGCAGUGAUGUCUUUAACUCUGCUGUGGUUGUUAUCGCACCAACUAUAUCACCCCCUGAAAUUUCAGGAACUGUUAGAGAUAAUGCACUCAGCUUCACCUGUAACGUGCAAUUAUCUCUCAGUUCUACUAUCACCUGGUACAAGUACGAUCUGGAGGAUGAACUACAGGAAAUUAGUUUCAUCACUGAUGAUGGUUCUGGAAGUGCAAUCGCAAUAUCUUUCAACAAUGUGCUGAACUUUGAAAAUGUGACGUUUGAGGAUGCAGGUGUUUACCAGUGCUCUGUGACCGAUAACGAGCUAGGAGAGAUUAGGUCUGCCAAUGCUAUAUUCACAGUCUCACCAAAAAGCAGUGUGACCAUCACUCCCAACACCUCGAACAACUUUCAAGGAGACACUCAGACGUUCUCCUGCUCUGCCAUGGGUGGUCCUGGAAACAUGUUUUCAUGGACGAGACUGUACGACAACACAAUUGUGGGGAACACGUCCAAUCUAACUGUGAGUGUGAGUGGAGCCACAGAUGGUGGGCAGUACAGGUGUGAGGUCAGCAACCUGGCAGGGAACAGCUCUGACACAGUCACUCUUAAUGUUGGGCCUGUAAUUUUUACUGCACCAUUUUCUGUAAACGUGAGUGUGAGUGAUGCUCUCAGUCUCAACUGUGUUGCAACUGGGUUUCCAACACCUACCAUCACCUGGUUUUUGAAUGAGAAUAAGUAUCAAGAAAAUCGCACUGAGGUGACCUUCACUAUACUGGAGAGGUCAGUGAACAGCACCCUCACCAUUGAUAUGGCCAUGCUCAAUGACUCUGGGGAAUACCUCUGCAAUGCCAGCAGCCCAAACUAUGAUACUGUCUCAAGUGACCCUGCUACAGUCAUGGUGAUGAUAGUGCCCCCAAGUAUUGUGAUGAUUGCUGUCUCUCCAUCAAGUAUUGCAAUACGUAACGACAAUGUCACAUUCACUUGCGAUACUCACGGUGGGCCUGGUAAUAUGUUCCAAUGGCAAAGAAAUGGAGUAAAUCUCGAUGACGAAACUCAAUCAACACUACAACUCACUUCAGUUGAGGAUAGCGAUGGAGGAGGGUAUACUUGUGUCGUCAGCAAUGCAGCUGGAAGUGACAGUGCUGUCCUCACCCUGUAUAUUCAGCCUUACAUUGUAACUGAUCCUCAGCCUCAAAUACUAGCAGCAAACGAUGAUCAAGUGUCAUUCACUUGUGAAGCAAUGGGAUUUCCAUAUCCUAGCUUCCGAUGGAUGAAAGACGAAGACCUCGAGUUUGAGAGCUUGGGACAGAAUCUGACGUUUUCCCCUGUUAUAUUUGGAGAUGAGGGCACCUACCGAUGUGUGGCUCAUAUCAGUUUGAGUAUGCAAAACUUCACCGCCGUAUCUCAACCAGGAUUCCUAAUAGUCUCACCUGAAAACAGUGUGACUGUAAUUCCAAACACUACUAACAACUUUCAAGGAGACACUCAGACAUUCACCUGCUCUCCCAUGGGUGGUCCAGGAAACAUGUUCUCAUGGAGGAGACUGUACGAUAACACAAUUGUAGGGAACACGUCCAAUCUAACUGUGAACGUGGGUGGAACCACAGAUGGUGGGCAGUACAGGUGUGAGGUCAGCAACCUGGCAGGCACAAGCACUGACACAGCCACUCUUAAUGUUGGUCCGAUCCUUUACACUAUCAAUCCCCCAUCUGUGAAUGUGAGCAUAUCUGAUUCACAUACCCUCACUUGUGAGGCUAGUGGAUUCCCUGUACCCACCAUCAUCUGGGUCCACAAUGGAACUGAGUAUCUGCCUCUUGAAGAUCGCAUCAUCGUGUCUUACACCAAUGGAGAGAGGUCAGUGAACAGCACCCUCACCAUCAACAUGGCCAUGCUCAAUGACUCUGGGGAAUAUGUCUGCAAUGCUAGUACUCCUGGCUAUGACACUGUUGUGUCAACCAACCAUAUCACGUUAUUAGUACAAGCAACUCCAGAAAAACCACAGAAUGUAACAGCUGUGGAAUUGACAACGACUAAUGUGUAUUUAACAUGGGUGGAACCUCAUGAUAGCAACGCCCCAAUCCAUGGUUACAGAGUCUCUUAUAUCAUACCCUCGUUCCUUGGAGGGACUGACAUAACCGUCAAUAGCACAAUAGAAGCUGUAAACAUAACUGGACUACAUCCUGGAGCAGGUUACAUCUUCUCAGUGGUUGCUUUCAAUGACAUCGGGGACAGUGCACGUGGUAGUGUCAUGGUUACUACUGUGGAAACAGUCCCAACAAGUGCUCCUGAGAACAUUGUGGUCACUGCUAUAUCUCCCAUUGAGAUACAAGUGAAUUGGACUGAAGUUCCUAAGAUAAAUCAGAAUGGAAAUAUCACCACAUAUGAAGUUAUGUACGAGCCGCUGAUAACUUUCGAUAUACUCACUGUAGCCUGGGUAGACACUACAAAUGUCUUCAUUGUUCUUACUGGACUGGAAGAGAAUGUAGAGUACAACAUCUCAGUGAGAGCGUAUACAAGUGUGGGCCCUGGACCUUUUAGUUUGGAAGAGAUGGAAAUAACUUUUGAAGAUGCUCCUGCCAGUUCACCUCAGAAUGUGACAGCGAAUGUGUUUUCCUCCACUGAGAUCCAAAUCAACUGGACAGAAGUUCCCGAGAUAAACCAAAAUGGAGUGAUUACUGAAUACGAAAUCAUGUAUGAACCACUAGUGACUUUUAGUGGUGUGCUCAAUACAACAACAAUCAGAACGACGAGGAACUUAUUUAUCACUCUCAAUGACCUGGAAGAGUACGUGGAGUACAACAUCUCAGUGAGAGCUUACACCAGUGUGGGACCUGGACCCUACAGUGUGGAGAUUGUUGGGAGGACGCUUGAGGGCGCUCCUUCUAAUUCACCAACGAUUGAUAGCAUCAUGUUGCUGUCUCCCACUGAGAUCCAAGUUAACUGGACUGCAGUGCCUGAAAUAGACCGUAAUGGUGUGAUUAGUAUGUAUGAGGUCUUAUACAUGAGUGCAUUUUCUAUAAAUGAAAGUGUUUUCACUAUGGAUGGAGAUACAUUCACUGCACACAUCACUGGGCUGGAAGAGUUUGUUGUCUACAAUGUGUCAGUGAGAGCUUACACCAGUGCUGGUCCUGGUCCCUUCAGUGAAGUAGAAACAGCAGGAGGGGCAGGGAUUUGCACGAUGACAGUAGCAGUCAUCAGUUCUCAAGUUGUGGAGCCGGAGACUGACCUCACUCUGUUCUGCAACGUGACCUGUGCUUCCAACACAACCCAAGUCGUGUGGUUCGGCGAAACAGGGCCACUAGGUGAAACUAGCAGAACAUUCGAUCAAGACUCUAGUAUCCUGACAUCCCUUCUUACUCUUGCUAAUAUCAGCUACAAUGAUGGUGGACUGUACUCCUGUAGUAGGUCUGCUGUCACUAAAUCCACUGUGGUUGUUAUUGUUCCAACUAUCUCACCUCCUGAAAUUUCAAGCACUGUUGGGGAUAAUGCGCUCGGCUUCACCUGUAACGUCCAAUCAUCUCUCAGUUCUACUAUCAACUGGUACAAGUACGAUCUGGAGGAUGGACUACAGGAAAUUAGUUUCAGCACCAAUGAUGGUUCUGGAAAUCCAAUCGCAACACCUUUCAACAAUGUGCUGAACUUCGAAAAUGUGACAUUUGAGGAUGCAGGUGUUUACCAGUGCUCUGUGACCGAUAACGAGCUAGGAGAGAUUAGGUCUGCCAAUGCUACAUUCACAGUCUCACCAGAGAGCAGUGUGACCAUCACUCCCAACACCUCAAACAACUUUCAAGGAGACACUCAGAUGUUCUCCUGCUCUGCCAUGGGUGGUCCUGGAAACAUGUUCUCAUGGACGAGACUUUACGACAAUACAAUUGUGGGGAACACGUCCAAUAUAACUGUGAGUGUGAAUGGAGCCACAGAUGGUGGGCAGUACAGGUGUGAGGUCAGCAACCUGGCAGGCAAUGACUCUGACACAGCCACUCUGAAUAUUGGGCCUAUCAUUUUUACUGCACCCAUGUCUGUAAAUGUGAGUGUGAGUGAUGUUCUCAGUCUCAACUGUGUUGCAAUUGGGAUUCCAACACCUACCAUUACCUGGUUUUUGAACGGAAAUGAGUAUCAAGAGGACGAAAAUCGCACUACGGUGACCCUCACUAUACUGGAGAGGUUAGUGAACAGCACCCUCACCAUCAAUAUGGCCAUACUCAAUGACUCUGGGGAGUAUGUCUGCAAUGCUAGCAGUCCUAACUAUGAUACUGUCUCAAGUGACCCUGCUACAGUCAUGGUGAUGAUAGUGCCCCCAAGUAUUGUGAUGAUUGCUGUCUCUCCAUCAAGUAUUGCAAUACGUAAUGACAAUGUCACCUUCAUUUGCGAUACUCAUGGUGGGCCUGGUAAUAUGAUCCAGUGGCAAAGAAAUGGAGCAAAUCUCGAUGAAGAAACUCAAUCAACACUACAACUCACUUCAGUUGAUGCUAGCGAUGGAGGAGAGUACACCUGUGUCGUCAACAAUUCAGCUGGAAGUGACAGUGCUGUCCUCACUCUGUAUAUUCAGCCUUACAUUUUAACUGAUCCUCAGCCUCAAAUACUAGCAGCAAACGAUGAUCGAGCGUCAUUCACUUGUGAAGCAAUGGGAUUUCCAUAUCCUAGCUACCGAUGGAUUAAAGACGAAGACCUCGAGUUUGAGAGUUUGAGACAGAAUCUGACAUUCUCCCCUGUUAUAUUUGGAGACGAGGGCACCUACCGAUGUACGGCUCAUAUCAGUUUGAGUAUGCAAAAUUUCACUGCCCUAUCUCAACCAGGAUUCCUAAUAGUCUCACCUGAGAACAGUGUGACUGUAAUUCCAAACUUUACUAACAACUUUCAAGGAGACACUCAGAUAUUCACCUGCUCUGCCAUGGGUGGUCCUGGAAACAUGUUCUCAUGGAGAAGACUGUACGACAACACAAUUGUGGGGAACACAUCCAAUCUAAUUGUGAACGUGGGUGGAGCCACAGAUGGUGGGCAGUACAGGUGUGAGGUCAGCAACCUGGCAGGGAAUGAUUCUAGUACAGCCACUCUUAAUGUUGGACCUGUAAUUUUUACUGCACCAUUGUCUCUAAAUGUGAGUGUGAGUGAUGCUCUCAGUCUCAACUGUGUUGCAACUGGGUUUCCACCACCUACCAUCACCUGGUUUUUGAACGGAAAUGAGUAUCAAGAGGACGAAAAUCGCACUACGGUGACCUUCACUAUACUGGAGAGGUUAGUGAACAGCACCCUCACCAUCAAUAUGGCCACACUCAAUGACUCUGGGGAGUAUGUCUGCAACGCUAGCAGUCCUAACUAUGAGACUGUGUCAAGUGACCCUGCUACAGUCAUGGUGAUGAUAGUGCCCCCAAGUAUUGUGAUGAUUGCUGUCUCUCCAUCAAGUAUUGCAAUACGUAAGGACAAUGUCACAUUCACUUGCGAUACUCAUGGUGGGCCUGGUAAUGUGUUCCUGUGGCAAAGAAAUGGAGUAAAUCUCGAUGAGGAAACUCAAUCAACAUUACAACUCACCUCAGUUGAUGCUAGCGAUGGAGGAGAGUACACUUGUAUCGUCAGCAAUGCAGCUGGAAGUGACAGUGCUGUCCUCACCCUGUAUAUUCAGCCUUACAUUGUAACUGAUCCUCAGCCUCAAAUACUAGCAGCAAACAAUACUCAAAGGUCAUUUACUUGUGAAGCAAUGGGAUUUCCAGACCCUAGCUACCGAUGGAUGAAAGACGAAGACCUCGAGUUUGAGAGUUUUGGACAGAAUCUGGCGUUCUCCCCUGUUAUAUUUGGAGACGAGGGCACCUACCGAUGUAUCAGUUUGAGUGUGCAAAACUUCACGGCCCUAUCCCAACCAGGAUUCCUAAUAGUCUCAUCUGAGAACAGUGUGACUGUAAUUCCAAACUUUACUAACAACGUUCAAGGAGACACUCAGACAUUCACCUGCUCUGCCAUGGGUGGUCCAGGAAACAUGUUCUCAUGGAGAAGACUGUACGAUAACACAAUUGUAGGGAACACGUCCAAUCUAACAGUGAGUGUGGGUGGAGCUGCAGAUGGUGGGCAGUACAGGUGUGAGGUCAGCAACCUGGCAGGCACAAGCACUGACACAGCCACUCUUAAUGUUGGUCCAAUUAUUUACACUAUCAAUCCCUCAUCUGUGAAUGUGAGCAUAUCUGAUUCACAUACCCUCACUUGUGAGGCCAGUGGAUUCCCAGUACCCACUAUCAUCUGGAUCCACAAUGGAACUGAGUAUCUGCCUCUUGAAGAUCGCAUCUUUGUGUCUUAUACCAAUGGAGAAAAGUCAGUCAACAGUACCCUCACCAUCAACAUGGCCAUGCUCAAUGACUCUGGGGAAUAUGUCUGCAAUGCUAGUACUCUUGGCUAUGAUACUGUGUCAGCCAACCAUAUCACGUUAUUAGUACAAGCAACUCCGGAAAAACCACAGAAUGUAACAGCUGUGGAAUUGACAACAACUAGUGUGUAUUUGACAUGGGUGGAACCUCAUGAUAGCAACGCCCCAAUCCAUGGUUACAGAGUCUCUUAUAUCAUACCCUCGUUCCUUGGAGGGACUGACAUGACCGUCAACAGCACAAUAGAAGCUGUAAACAUAACUGGACUACAUCCUGGAGCAGGUUACAUCUUCUCAGUGGUUGCUUUCAAUGACAUCGGGGACAGUGCACCUGGUAGUGUCAUGGUUACUACUGUGGAAACAGUCCCAACAAGUGCUCCUGAGAACAUUGUGGUCACUGCUAUAUCUCCCAUUGAGAUACAAGUGAAUUGGACUGAUGUUCCUGAGAUAAAUCGGAAUGGAAAUAUCACCACAUAUGAAGUUAUGUACGAGCCGCUGAUAACUUUCAAUAUACUCACUGUAUCCUGGGUAGACACUACAAAUGUCUUCAUUGUUCUUACUGGACUGGAAGAGAAUGUAGAGUACAACAUCUCAGUGAGAGCGUAUACAAGUGUGGGCCCUGGACCUUUUAGUUCCAAAGAAAUGGAAAUAACCUUUGAAGACGCUCCUGCCAGUUCCCCUCAGAAUGUGACAGCGAAUGUGUUUUCCUCCACUGAGAUCCAAGUCAACUGGACUGAAGUUCCCGAGAUAAACCAAAAUGGAGUGAUUACUGAAUACGAAAUCAUGUAUGAACCACUAGUGACUUUUAGUGGUGUGCUCAAUCCAACAACAAUCAUAACGAGGAACUUGUUUAUCACUCUCAAUGACCUGGAAGAGUACGUGGAGUACAACAUCUCAGUGAGAGCUUACACCAGUGUGGGACCUGGACCCUACAGUGUGGAUAUUGUUGGGAGGACGCUUGAUGACGCUCCUUCUAAUUCACCAACAAUUGAUAGCAUCAUGUUGCUGUCUCCCACUGAGAUCCAAGUUAACUGGACUGCAGUGCCUGAAAUAGACCGUAAUGGUGUGAUUAGUAUGUAUGAGGUCUUAUACAUGAGUGCAUUUUCUAUAAAUGGAAGUGUUUUCACUAUGGAUGGAGAUACAUUCACUGCACACAUCACUGGGCUGGAAGAGUUUGUUGUCUACAAUGUGUCAGUGAGAGCUUACACCAGUAUUGGUCCUGGACCCUUCAGUGAAGUAGAAACAGCAGGAGGGGCAGUCUCUCCUGAGAACAGUGUGGCUAUUGCACCCAACACCUCAAACAACUUUCAAGGAGACACUCAGACGUUCGCCUGCUCUGCCAUGGGUGGUCCAGGAAACAUUUUCUCGUGGACGAGACUGUACGACAACACAAUUGUGGGGAACACGUCCAAUCUAACUGUGAACGUGGGUGGAGCCACAGAUGGUGGGCAGUACAGGUGUGAAGUCAGCAACCUGGCAGGCAACGGCUUUGACACAGCCACUCUUAAUGUUGGGAGUGUUAUUGUCACUUCUCCCUCUUCUGUGAAUAUGAGUCUCAAUGAGCCAGUCAAUCUCACCUGUGUGGCCAGUGGAUUCCCUGUACCCACCGUUUACUGGAGCCACAAUGGGAUAGACACUAAUCGCCCAUCAAUCAUCACCAACAUCCCUGGAGAGAGGUCUGUGACCAGUAUCCUCACCAUUAGAACGGCCACAAGUAUUGAUUCUGGGGAGUACAUCUGCAAUGCUAGCAGUGUGUUCUUUCCACCUGUAUCAAGUACUCCUGCAAUACUGUUGAUAACAGAUGAGUGCUCACUGCCAGGCAACCUAUGCCAGCAACUUUGCUACAAUACCGAUGGAUCUUACACUUGUGACUGUUUCCCUGGUUUCCUUUUGGCUACAGGUGGACACAACUGUACUGAUGUUAAUGAAUGUGAGAAUUUGGACGUAUGUGUGCGUGACCAGGUCUGUGUGAACACCAAUGGUUCCUUCCGCUGUGACUGUCUGGAAGGAUUCGUACUGAUGGAUGAUAGGUUCUGUCAAGAUGUUGAUGAAUGUAGACUACAAACGAAUGACUGUGAACAACUUUGUGUCAACACCCAAGGCUCAUACGUGUGUGACUGUGACUCAGGAUACACUUUGUCUGAUAGCCGAAAUUGUGAAGAUAUUAAUGAAUGUCACAUGGGCACAAGUAACUGUGAUCAACUGUGUUACAAUACCAUUGGCUCAUUCACGUGUGACUGUCGGGAUGGAUACAUACUCGCUGCUGACAUGUUCACCUGUGAAGACAUUGAUGAAUGCCAGUCGCGAGAACUAAAUCGUUGCGAACAAAAUUGCAUCAACUCGAAUGGCUCCUUUCACUGUGAUUGUGUAAUUGGAUUUAUCCUCUCACCAAAUCGUUUUGAUUGUUCAGCUGUUUGCCCUGAUGAGUUUGACAGUGGCCUGUGGUGGCCAGUGACAGUUGAGAGCACUGCAUUUUCUCAAUCUUGCAACGAGGCAGGAUUACAUUUUAGAGCUGCCACCACUGUCACCCGUUACUGCCAGCUGAGUGGUGUGUGGAGUGAAGUGGACUUAACCACAUGUACCGUCUUAGGCUUGGAGCCAUUUUUGAUUGUGUACUUCAGCUUAAUUGAACCCGAUGAUCCAUUGUCAAGAUUUACUAACUCGCAGUUGUUUAUGUUGGAGAUAAUGAAGGUGCUGGAAAAUACUAGAGUGAGCUAUUCAGAGGUGUCAGUGGCAAACCUUUUUCCAACAAGCACAGGAGUCACCAUUUCAUUCGAGAUCAUAUUGAAUUCCGCCACCCCGUUAAUUUUUGAAGAUCUUAAUCUGCUACAAUCUGGGCUCGGUCCAUACCAGCUUGAUCCAAAUGCUCCGUACAGGAUAUUAGGAGUUAGUCCUUCAGAGACUUGCCAGUGUGGGUCAUUAGUUGACCCUCUGGAUAUCUCCUCUGGCUACUCGGGUGAUUUCCUUCAACUCUGUUUUCGCCUCUCGCUGUCCCCUUGCAACUGCAGUAUCACAAGAGAAUGCUUAUGCCGCUCCCCCUAUGUUGGUGAUGGUAACUUAUGUACUUUGGACUCAGAUGGAGACAGUUACCCAGAUGUUGCUCUAAAUUCUUCCACUUGCCCAAUUGGCAGUUCUCUAAGCUAUUGCAAUAAGGAUGUAUGCCCUAUGAUACAUGAUGAAACCCAAGAUCCUAGUGUGUGCCGCCUAGAAGAACCAGGGUUCGAUGGUUGUCAAUUUGGUCUUGAUUUGACCUGGAGUAUAGAGUGGCCAAACACACCCAGCGGCUCAAAUAGCACACAGCAAUGUCCUGGAGGGCUGGAAUCUGUCACUGGCCAAGCAACAAGGCUCUGUAGUAGUGAAGGAGAAUGGGAGGAUCCGAAUGUUUUAAGCUGUCAGCAAAUGGAGUUUAUUGAAAUAGAAGCUCAGACUGCUGACCUUCUGUCUGGCACUCUGGACCCUGCUUCUGUUGUAGAGAGCACCGUAGUGAUCACUCAGCAACUAGCAGUGAUCACUGAAGCUGAUACCACUCCACUGUUGCCCUCCUCCCUCAACACGACUAAUCAAGUGUUGUCUGCUGUUAUUAAUGCCCUCGAACAAGUGGGAAAUGAUACAGUAACUACAGUAACCAAUGAGCUGGUUUUGGAUGUCUUCAGUAAUAUCUUGGAGAGAAAUAACUCAGAAACUUGGAUGUCUUUGCAAGAGGACCAGAAUACAGGAGGUAGUCAAGUGCUUCUCAGCAACGUGGAGAGGUUUAGUGUACUGGUGGCUCGCUCUCAGAGUGGAAAUGAUUCAACGGAGCCUGUCAGAAUAUCAAGGCCCAAUAUAGCGGUUUCUGCUAAGCUGUAUGAUGGAUCUCAAAUGGAUGAGCUCAAAAAUGACUUAACGUUCCCUCAAGAGGAAGAUUUGGCAAACUAUUCCUCCUCAGUGUUUAUUCCCGCUCAGAUAAGUAUUCCUCCAGGGUUUCUACAAGAGAGGCUGAGUCAGCAGAACGGUAGUAGCCUGCCGGUUACGUUCAUCCUGCUUCAAAACCUAGAGGCUUUCCUUCCCUCCUCUGCUCGUGCACUAGGUGACAACACCGGAAGUGCUUCAGUGGUAAUCUCCUCGCAGGUCGGAGAUAGGAGCUUCACUGGUGCAUCUGUGUCUCUCAAAGAAUCUCCGAUCCUCUUAAAUUUCACUUUCAAAUCUGUCCAAGUUAAUGAAAGUACAGUUCAGUAUCAUUGCGUUUUCUGGAAUUUCUCAAAUCCUGUUGGAAGCGGAGGAUGGAUUACUGAUGGAGUGAACACUGUGGGGAAUGCUUCAGACGGAGCAAGCAGGAGUACUGUCAAUUGUGCCAGUUCUCAUCUAACCAGCUUUGCAGUACUCUUCACUGCUGUUAGAACGAAUGAAACCAGAGGAGAUGAAUUUGCUCUUGAAGUGGUGUCUUAUAUUGGCUGUGCUAUCUCUAUCAUCAGUCUUCUGAUUGCUGUCGUCUUCUAUCUCGCUCAAGGGAAGACAUUGUUUACUUCAGUCCACAACUUUGUUCAUCUCAACCUCUGUAUUUCACUGCUUCUAUCCUAUUCCGUUUUUGUUGCUGGAGUGAGUACUGCCGUUGGGAAUACUGUUGGAUGUGCGUUUGUUGCUGCUCUGCUGCACUACUUGUUCCUGUCAACUUUCUGCUGGAUGUUGUGUGAGGGAGUGAUGCUUUACCUGAUGUUGGUGGUGGUAUUCAGUCGGCUUGCAAAAACAUGGUGGUUCUUUCUACUCCUCGGUUAUGUGACUCCUAUUCCGAUUGUUGCUAUAACAGUGGGCAUCAGGUGGCAGUACUAUGAGAGCCUUGAUGUCUGUUGGUUGCCACUAGCAGAAGGAACUAUUUUCGGAUUCAUUGUGCCAGUUUUAGUCAUUAUGAUGAUUAAUUUUGUAUUCAUUGUCAUUGCCCUGAGGGUGAUUGUGAAGAACCAGAAAGGGAAAGCUUUAAGGACAAGCAGGAAAGGCUCGAAACAGAAAAGUAUUGCAAGAUCCAUUUUACUGGCCACUGUUGUCCUUCUUCCUCUCCUUGGUCUGACCUGGCUAUUUGGUCUUCUCCUGAUUGUUGACACAUCGCCCGUCUUUAACUGGCUCUUCACAAUACUCAAUUCACUCCAGGGCUUGGCUAUACUAUUCUUUCAUGUGAUCAGGAGUGAUAAGGUGUGGAGUAAAAUCGGUCCGCGCUUGUCGUCUGCUUCCAAGUGGCUCUCUGGGAAUGCAAGCAGACGGUUCAGAGUGAUGACAGGAUCUUCAACCUUCUCUGCAUACAGAAAUAAGUCAAAAUCUAUUUCCGAUGACACUGGAUUGAGCACCCUAAGGUCUACUCUCGCUCGUGGCAGCACUAUUAAACAACCGCCCUCCUCAAGUCUAAGCUUCACUAACCCUCAGUCUAAAUUUCAUUCCGACACGGGGAAAGAAGAUUUAGCAUUGUCAAUGGUUCCUAUGGAGACUAUGAACUUCAAAGAUGAACUGAUUAAAUCUCCAACACGAACAAUUCGUUUUAAGUUUAAAGGAGCCACGGUAGUCGUCUACCCAAAUACUGAUGCUGAGAGUAAAUUCACUGCAGAAUUAUAAAUAUUGAAUUGUACUGCCAAUAAUAUAUAAUUAGGCCUUUAAAAACAGUGUGAACCAUUACUUAUGAUUACGUCUUCUGCGCCUCCAUUAUAGCUUUUCUGUUGUGGCAACCAUUUUAGUCUGUACCUAUUUUAUAGUGUCAAUGUUGUAAAUUGCUAUAAUUAUACAACGUAUAUCUAAGAUUAUUAUCUAAAUUUUGUGACGUCCAUGACAAAUGCAUACACAUAUUAAUUAUCUUUGAUUUCUGCCCCCAAA